AAGUUGUUUUCGGGAUACGGGAGGGGACAUCCUACGCCUCUCCGCGGGCAGGUCCACUUCUCCCGCCCAGACAGAGGGAGCGCAGCCGCGGAAGCUCUUUGCCGGCUGUGCGCAGCCCUCCGGAGCCUCCCAGACUCGCGGCUGCCCCUGCGGCCGCGUGCGCGUCCCGGGCGGCCAGAGACGACGUGACGGCCGGCAUGGGCCGCUCCCCGCUGGACUGGCUGCUCCUCGGCCCCCCGGGCCUGGCCGUGGCGGCGGCGCUGCUGCUCCUGGUCCUGUGCCUGCGCGCCCGGCGCACCAGGAGACCUGGUGAGCCUCCUCUGAUACAAGGCUGGCUUCCUUACAUUGGUGUGGCCCUGAAAUUAAAAAAGAAUCCCUUAGGUCUUCUAAAAACUCUUCAAACACGACAUGGUGACACUUUCACACUUCGCCUUGCAGGAAAAUAUAUAACAUUUAUCUUGGAUCCUUUCCAAUUCCAGUCAGUGAUGAAAAAUCACAAACAGUUAAACUUUCAUAAAUUUACUAAUAUACUAUUAAUGAAAGUAUUUUCCAUAAACUCUCUGGCAACCAACGAUGGCCUGAAUGACAAGCUUCAUCUCUGCUAUCCACGUUUACAAGGGAGAUUUUUGGACACACUCAUGGAAAAUAUGAUAGAGAAUCUAAAGCAAGUUUUUGAGCCCCAACUGUUAAAAACCAUCAACUGGGUUGUGGCAGAAAUGUUCACAUUUUCACAUUCAUUAAUAUUUGAACUUACAUUUAUAACCUUGUAUGGGAAUUUUCCUGCUGAUGAUAGGAAAAAAAUUAUUACUGAACUAAGAGAUGAUUUUUUAAAAUUUGAUGACAAGUUUCCAUAUCUAGUAACAGACAUACCCAAUGAGCUUCUAGGAAAUGUCAAGUCUAUUCGAAGAAGACUUAUCAAACAUCUGACAUCAGAAAGCUUCCUUAAGACACAAGGAAAAUCGGAAAUUGUUAAAAUGAGACAAGACAUCCUGGAGAAAGACUAUGCACUUGAAGACACUGAAAUAGGAGCACAUCAUUUAGGCUUUCUCUGGGCCUCUGUGGCAAACACUGCUCCAACUAUGUUCUGGGCACUGUAUUAUCUUCUACAACACCCAGAAGUUAUGGCAGUGCUGCGUGAUGAAAUUGACCAUUUGCUGCAGUCAACAGGUCACCAGAAAGGGUCUGGAUUUUCCAUCCACCUCACCAGAGAACAAUUGGACAGCCUGAUCUACCUAGAAAGCUCCAUUCUCGAGGUUUUACGACUAUGCUCAUUUUCAAGCAUCAUUCGUUUUGUUCAAGAGGAUGUGACUCUGCAUUCAGCAACCCAGGACUACUGUCUGCGAAAGGGAGACUUUGUCACUGUCUUUCCCCCGUCCUUGCACCUUGACCCUGAAGUCUUUGAAGCUCCAGAGGAGUACAGAUUUGAUCGUUUUGUGGAAGAUGGUAAAAUAAAAACCACCUUUUUCAAAAGAGGAAAAAAACUGCGGUACUACCUAUUGCCAUUUGGAUUUGGAACAACCAUGUGUCCAGGUCGAUUUUUGGCAGUUAUUGAAAUAAAAGUCCUGUUGAUUGCAUUAUUAACUUACUUUGAUUUAGAAAUCAUUGACAAGCCACAUAUAGAACUAAGCUUCAGCCGCUUUUUGUUUGGUGUUCAGCAUCCCGAUUGUGAUGUUUUGUUUAGGUACAAAGUGAAAUCCUCAAGUUGAAAGGGGGUCUGUCCUCAGUUCAUCUAGUUUUUUAAUUUCUAUAAAUGUAUGAAUUUGUUUAAAAGUGAAAAUUUUCCAUUCAAUUUGAAAUCUUUCUAAUUUGUACUUGGUCACAAAAGCUACUGAUUAAAUAAAUACCAUGAAAAUUGGCAUCAGCAUCAGGAGCCCAGACUUUAGAAUCUAUUGAAAGUUUCUACAUAAAACUCUUACCCACCGUAGUAAACAUACCUUCACAGUUAUUUAUUUGAAUAAAUUUGAAUUUAUUUGAUUCUGGGGACUUUUCUCAUAGUCACUCAAACUCUGUAAUAUGUAAAAGUACAGUUUAUAUACUACUAGGAAUGUGCACAGUCUAACAAGUUCCAAAUUCUCAGUGAAGAAGGAAGUUUUUAUGAGGUAGACUAGAUGAAAAUGUUUUCUCCAAGUAUAAUAUCAAUAAUAUCAUAUCUUUACAUUAAGUGAGUUUUGCAGUAGAUGAAAUGCCUCAACUUCAAUAUUUGAUAAAGACCACGUGUUCUUUAUUGCUUUGUAUACUAUUGCUCUUAUUAGAUACCAAUACAACUUUAUGUCUAAGGCUGCUCAGCCUAUUGUAUAGUCAGUAAUUUUCACUAGACACUAAUAUUAAGUUU